AUGGUACAGGUGAGAAGCUUCUGAAGUUUGAGAAAACCCAACUCCCAGGUUUUCUGGACACCUGGUCACACUCCGGACAGCAUUGUUUUGUGGUACCCGUAUGCAAAUCGACUUUUCGUGGGCGACCUUUUCUAUCAAUUUCAAGACAUAAUGCUGAAGUAAGCAAUUAUUGGUUUAAUAUCGCGUUUUUCAAAGCUUCAGUUACGAAUGCACAGAUAUAAAAGAAUAUGAGAAAUCAGUGCGAAGAAUCCUGCAAUUUGUGAACGAACAUGAAGCCCCGGUAGAACAUAAUCAACUUUUUUUGAUCGAAAUUGUUUAUAGAUACGUUACUCUUCCGCAAAGAGCGAAAAAGACAAUCAAUGUUUGCCGAUUUUCAAACAAUAUCAUCGUUUUUUGUUGGCGGUCAUUGCUGGAACUCACGUCGGCAAUGAUCUGAGGCGAGUUUUGCGGAGUUGAUUUUGAUAGAAAGUUUCUAAUUUUCAGGAUUGAUGAAGCAGAUGGAGUUCGUUAUGAGACACGGGACAAAUCUAUCCAAAUAGUUCUCGGAAAAAAUAUUGUUCAAAUGUUAAACGCCGCUCGAGAGAAAGCUUCAGAGAAAUGAACUUUCAACUCAACUUUUUCUGAGUUUCGAAUGAAGCCACUGAGAAAACUUGAAAAAAGACGGUUACAAAGUGAAUUUCUACGGCGAUAAUUGUUUUAUUGCAUCGAUACAGUCUUCGGAGAUUUCUGAACGUUUUAAAUCAAAGAUUAAGUUGGUAUAUUUAUUUUUCUAUCUGCACACUCAUGAUUCCCUUUCAAAAGAAACAUUUUUUAACGAUUUAUUGGGAUAAAAGUAAGAAGAUAUGUAUUAUAAAGCAUUAUAUUCGAUUUCUUCCUUCCCGUAGUAUUUCCUAUGUAGAAGGACGUCUUCAUCUGCUGCGAACGUUCUAAUUUCCUUCAGCAGAACCACGGUGAAUUCAAUAGCGGAGAGCCAAACCAACAGUUCACGAAGCAUGACGCAGCGAUUUAUUCGCGCUGA